CGCGAUCGUCUGGUCGGACCGCGCGGCCUAGGGGCGCCCAAAAGUGAAAUCCGGCACUGGUUGGGUGCGGGUCGAGAAAUUCACUAGGAUGGAUGGCUGACGAGGGAGGAGUGAGGAGCAAGAGCUGACAGCUGAGGAGGGAGGAGCGAGGUGUGACAUCAGCCUCAGAGGAUGGGUGUUGUCGAGGGAUGGAUGUUAUCCUAAAGAGCAACGACUCUGCCCAGUGUUCUCCAGCACCUAUUGGAACUGAACUCACUGGAUCUCAUUGUGGAAUUCAUGUACUGGUUGGUGUUACUGGUAGUGUGGCUGCUCUCAAACUGCCACUUCUUGUAUCUGGACUUCUGCAAAUACCAGGGGUACAGGUUUAUGUUGUAAGUACAGAGAAGGCCAAGCACUUCUUCAGCAUGAAGGAUAUAGCUGUGCCACUAUAUAGUGACCAGGAUGAAUGGAAGAUGUGGACAAAGUGCUCUGAUCCUGUGUUACACAUUGAACUUCGUCGCUGGGCUGACCUGAUGCUUCUGGCUCCUCUUGAUGCCAACACUUUGGGAAAAAUCUCCAGUGGCAUUUGUGACAACCUUUUGACUUGUGUGGUACGUGCAUGGGAUUUACAGAAACCCCUUCUUUUUUGUCCAGCAAUGAACACAGCAAUGUGGAAUCAUCCAAUCACAGAGCAGCAAAUAUUGCAUCUUUGCAACUUUGGCUACACUGAAAUUCCCUGCAUUGCCAAGAAACUUGUUUGUGGAGAUGAAGGACUUGGAGCUAUGGCAGAAGUGAGCACCAUUCUGGAGAAAGUGAAAGAAGUUCUUAAAGAGAGUAAUCUGCUGGUAUAAUGGCCAUGACAAGAGAGUAAGCAUUGUAUAAGUCACUUAAAGGAGAACUAAAGAUUUACUACAGAA